AUGAUUCCACACUCAAGACCCGUUCAUCUACCAAACUCGUUGCAGUACGUCGAUGAUGUGUUGAAAACGGGCAAAUUGGCUCAAGGGGCUUAUACUCGCCGGUGCGAGAAGUGGCUCAAGAGCCUUAUGCAAUCCGGCGAAGCUUUCCUGGUCACGUCAGGUACCACAGCUCUCGAGAUGGCCGCCAUGGUGAUCAAUAUCAAGCCCGGCGACGAAGUUAUCCUCCCUAGCUACACGUUCGUCUCUACGGUGAAUGCGUUCGUCGCCAGGGGGGCAAUACCCGUAUUUGUCGACAUCGAGAAGGACACGAUGAACAUGGACAUCAGUCUUGUUGAAGCUGCCAUCACCCCGAGAACGCGGGCUGUUGUUCCCGUCCACUAUGCCGGUAUUUCCUGCGACAUGGAUGCCUUGAUGGAUCUUGCGUCACGGUACGACCUUUUUGUCAUCGAAGACGCAGCGCAAGGUCUCGCUUCAAAAUAUCGCGGCACCUUCCUAGGCACCAUAGGCCACAUCGGCUGCAUCAGUUUCCACGAGACCAAGAACUUCACUUCCGGCGGCCAGGGUGGUGCCGUCUUGAUUAACAGGGACGAGCUGACUGAGAGAGCCGAGAUUGUUUACGACAAUGGUACAAACAGGGUCCAAUUCCUCCGCGAGAAGCUGCCGAGCUACGAGUGGCAGGAUGUCGGAUCGAACCAUAUCAUGCCCGAAGUCCUUGCCGCGCUACUCUGGUCCCAGCUUGAGAUAGCGCACGCCAUCCAGAGAACCAGGCUCAGAAUCUGGAAUAUGUACUGGGCUUCGCUACAGCCGUUAUCGAAAAGCUCUGGAGGAUUCGAGUUGCCCAAGCUGCCAGAAGGUUGCGAGCAAAACGGGCACAUCUUCUACCUGAAGCUACGGGAUGCAUCGCACCGCUCGAGCUUCAUACAUUUCAUGAAAAAGAACCAAGUGACCGUAUCCUCUCAUUACACUCCUCUGCAUCUGUCGCCAAUUGGCCAGAGGAUCGGGAGGUUUGUCGGGGAGGAUAAGAACACGUCGCGCGCAAGCUCUCAGCUCGUUCGUCUGCCCAUCUACUUUGGACUUAGCGAACACGACCAGGCCAAAGUGAUUUCUGCUGUUCACAAAUUUUUCGAUCACGGAAAAUGA